AUGCGUCUGCACUACUUCCUCCUCAUCCUCAUCACCACAUACUCCCCUCUGGUGGUAGACGCACACCCACCAGUCCACCACCCCUCCACAACCGCCUGGUACACCUCCCCCGCCACCAACUUCACCACCACCCUCCCCCUGGGCAACGGCCGCCUCGGCGCCGCCGUCUGGGGCACCGCGAUCGAGAAUGUGACGCUCAACGAGGACUCCCUCUGGAACGGCUCGUUCGUCGACCGCGUCAACCCCGACGCCUACGCCGCGGUGGGCCCGGUCAGAGCCCUGCUGGCGGAGGGCAAGAUCACCGCCGCCGGACAGCGCACGCUGCGGGAUAUGGUGGGGAUUCCGCCCCUACCGCAGUCGUAUAGUGCGUUGGGGGCCUUGAGGGUGGAUUUCGGGCAUGAGGAAGCAUUAACGAGAAAUUAUACGAGGAUGUUGGAUUUGAGGACCGGAAUGGUGACGGUGGAGUAUUUGUAUCAGGGGGUGACUUUUCGACGAGAGUAUGUCGCGAGUUAUCCUGACGAUGUCCUUGCGGUGAGACUGUCGGCGAGUGCGCCUGGACGUCUCAAUCUGGUGUGCUCCCUGGAGCGUGAUGUGCAGGUGGUGAAUCAGACGGCGGGGGUGGAGGACGGGGUGGGGAUGCUUGUGCUCAAUGCGCUGUCGAUUGCGGAGGCGGAGGGACCGAUUCGCUUCUCAUCCCAGGCGCGGAUUGUGGCGCAAGAUGGGCGGAUGGGGGUGGAUGGGCGGUCGAUUGUGGUCGCUGGCGCGUCGACGGUGGAGAUCGUCUUCGAUGCAGAGACCUCCUAUCGAUACCCGUCCGCGAGCGAGCGCGAGACGGCCCUCGAGCGUAAACUGCAGAAUGCACUCACCAAGAAAUUUCCGGGGGUCCAGAAAGACGCUGUGAGCGACUACGCGAGGCUGUCGGAGCGCGUGGAUCUGCACUUGGGCUCCUCGGGGGCCCAUGGAGACCUGCCCACCGACACUCGCCUGCGCAACUACCAAGACACCCCCGACAACGACCCCGAGCUGGUCGCCCUCAUCUUCCACUUCGGCCGUCACUGUCUGAUUGCCUCCUCGCGCGCGCGCAACACCACCACCACCACCAGUCUACCGGCUAACCUGCAGGGCCUCUGGAACCAGGACUACGACCCGGCCUGGGGCGGCCGCUUCACGCUGGACAUCAACCUGGAGAUGAACUACUGGCCCGCCCACGUCACGAACCUGGCGGACACCUUCGCCCCCUUCCUCGAGCUGGUGGAGACCAUCCAGCCGCGCGGCCAAGCGGUGGCGCGCCGCAUGUACCACUGCGACAACGGGGGGUUCGUCCUGCACCACAACACCGACCUCUGGGGGGACGCCGCCCCGGUCGACAACGGGAGUACCUGGACGAUGUGGCCGAUGGGGGGCGCCUGGCUGUCGGCGAACCUGAUGGAGCACUACCGCUUCACGCAGGACGAAGCGCUGCUACGAGACCGCAUCUGGCCGAUCCUGCGCAGCGCGGCCCGGUUCUUCGAUUGCUACCUGUUCCCGGUGCAGGGGUGGCUGAGUACCGGGCCCUCGCUGUCGCCGGAAGCCGCCUUCCUCGUCCCGGAGGAGAUGUCGGUGGCGGGCCGGGCCGAGGGGAUUGAUCUCGCCCCGACGAUGGACAACGCGCUGCUCCACGGGCUGUUCGAGGCGGUGAUUGAAACCUGCACGAGCCUGAACAUCACCGGCGCCGACCUGGAGAGGGCGCAACACAACCUCGCCCGGCUGCGACCCCCGCAAAUCAACCCCGCCGGGCGCAUCAUGGAGUGGCGCGAGGAUUACACCGCGCAGGAGCCCGGCCACCGCCACCUGAGCCCGAUUGUCGGGCUGUAUCCGCUGUCGCAGUUGACGCCGCUCGUGAAUCGCACGCUGGCUGAGGCGGCCCGGGCGUUUUUGGAGUGGAGGGUGGAGAAUGGGAGCGGGAGUACCGGGUGGUCGCGCGCGUGGAUCAUCAGUCUGUAUGCGCGGCUGUGGGCGGGGGAGCAGGCGUGGAAUCACACGCAGAUGUAUGUGCAGCGCUUUGUGAGUGCCAAUCUGUGGAACACGGAUUCCGGGCCCGCCACCGUGUUUCAGGUGGACGGGAAUUUGGGGUUUUCGGCGGCGGUGGCGGAGAUGCUGCUGCAGAGUCAUCGGGGGGUGCAUCUGCUGCCUGCUUUGCCGCGCGGGGUGGAGAAGGGGUGGGUGAAAGGGUUGGUGGCGAGGGGAGGGUUUGUGGUGGAUGUCAGUUGGGAGCAGGGGUUGCUGGUGGAGGCGAGGAUUGAGGCGCGGGUUGGGGGGGUGUUGAAGUUGAGGGUGCAGGAUGGACGGGGAUUUCGGGUUAAUGGGGUGGUUUAUAGGGGGGAGAUUGUCACGGUGAAGGGGGGAGUGUAUGUUGUUACGCCGUAG